AAGAGUUGUCUGAGUCACAGAGUAGACAGCUGCUGAUUAUGGAUAGUGGAGGCCAACUGACCACCUCGUGCCCACUGCUGCUGCUGCUGUUGCUAUUACUGCCUUGCAGCCACCAUGGACAGCCCCUGAGACAUACCCUCCCCACCCAGAGGGCCCAGGACCCUCCUGCUGUGCACCUUGACAAUGGCCUGGGACAAGAGCCUGUCACUGUCAUGACAUUUGACCUCACCAGGAUCACCAAAACCACCUCCUCCUUUGAGUUUCGAACCUGGGAUCCAGAGGGAGUGAUUUUGUAUGGGGAUACCAAUCCUAAGGAUGACUGGUUCAUGCUGGGUCUUCGGGAUGGCAGGCCUGAGAUUCAGCUGCUCAAUCACUGGUCCCAGCUUACAGUGGGUGCUGGACCUCGGCUGGAUGAUGGGAGAUGGCAUCAAGUGGACGUAAAGAUGGAUGGAGACUCAGUGAUGCUGCGGGUGGAUAGGAAGGAGGUACUAUGCCUGAGACAAGUCUCUGGGCCCCUGGCCACUAAAUUCCAGCCCAUCCUGAGGCUUGCACUGGGCGGGCUGCUCUUCCCCACCUCCAACCUUCGCUUGCCGCUGGUCCCUACCCUGGAUGGCUGCCUGCGCCGGGAUACCUGGCUGGACAAACAGGCCCAGACCUCUGCCUCUGCCCCUACUAGCCUCAGAAGCUGUGAUAUAGACUUACAACCUGGGAUAUUCUUCCCUCCAGGAACUCAUGCAGAAUUCAGUCUCCGAGAUAUUCCCCAGCCUCAUGCAGAGCCCUGGGCCUUCUCUCUGGACCUGGGACUCAAGCUAGCGGCAGGCUUAGGUCACCUCCUUGCCCUUGGGACACCAGAGAACACUUCUUGGCUCAGCCUCUACCUUCAAGAUCAAAAGGUGAUGUUGUCUCCUGGAUGGGGGCCAGGGCUGGAUCUGCCCCUUGUCUUGGGACACUCUCUUCAGCUAACACUGAGUGCAUCCAGAGUGGUCUUGAGCCAGGGCCCGAUGACAGAAGUCUUUGCUCUUCCUGCCUUGGACCUUGGCCCCCUCUUCAACCUCUGGGCCCAGCCUCAGGGGCGACUCUUCUUGGGGGCUUUAACAGGAGAGGACUCUUCUGCCUCCUUUUGCUUGAAUGGUCUUUGGGCACAGGGUCAGAGGCUGGACAUGGACCGGGCCCUGAACAGAAGCCAGGACAUCUGGACUCGCAGCUGUCCCCAGAGCCUAGGCAAUGGAACUGACAAUUCCCAUUAAAGCCCUUACCUAAGCACUCUUUUUGAAAGU